AUGGAGGCGAGCGCGCGCUGCCACACCUGGGCCCAGCGGGCCAGCGCCUGGCACGCGGGCCGGGCGGCUCAUCAGGCGCAGGGCGCGCGGGCGGCCUGCUCUCCAGUCGCUGGCGCCGCUGGCGCAGCCAGCGUCGCGUCGACUGCGCACUUCGAGGCCGCAGCGCCGCGGCGCGCUGCUGGGCCAAGAGGGCCAGCCCAGCACGCGGGCUGGGCGGCGGAUUCGGCGCAGGGCGCGGGGGCCGCCUGCUCACGGGUCGCUGGCGCCGCCCGCGGCCGUGCGCCGAGGCGCACAGCUGCCUGGGCGGCGGCCCCGCUCCGCGCGGCGCUCGCGGCCCUGCCGCGGGCGUCGUCCGCGGGGCGCAUCGCCAGGGCGCCCGUCUACGUCGGAGCCCGCGUGGCUGCCCAGCCUCAGGCCGUGCGCCAGGCCCACGUGCCCGCCAUGCGCCUGCUCCUGCAGGGCCAGCCGCCCGCGGAGCCGAACGCGCGCUGCCUCUGCCUCGAGAGGGGCUGCGAGUUCCCGCUGCAGCUUGCGGUCUGCGGCAGCAACUUCGUGCGUGGCCCGGGCCGCGCCCAGGCCGUUGAGCUCCUGUUGCAGGCCGGGGCCCGGCCGAGCCCACGCCGCAGCGACGCCGAGGGCAUCGCAGAGGGGGGCGUUGGCUGCAACCUCUGCGCCGCCGCCGCGGCCCGCGCUGCGGCCGCCGCGUCGUCGCCGGCCGCCGCCGCCGCGCCGGGCGGCGCCCUCGGCGCCUGCGGCGGCGCCCGCGUGGGCGCCUUCGGGGCGCCCCCGGCGAGCGCGCGGCGCGGAGCGGGGCUGGCCGGACAGGUCGCCGCCGCAGCCGCAGCUGGGCAGGCGUCCUAUUUCAGUGCUGCAGUGUUGCUCACCCCUAUCACAGGGAGAGCCGCAGGUGGUGCGGUGGACGCCGGGGCGGUGGAGCUCGCGGACGCCGCGUGGGGCGUGCCAGAGGUCUACACGGCCGCAUUCCUUACGUGCCUGUCGCUGGCGUUGCUGCUGGCGCUGCGGGUGAAGCCAUGGGACGAUGGGAAGGAGGUGCGCGGCGGAGUCGACCCAGCGGCGGCGGUCGCAGAGGAAGGCUUACGCACCGCCUUUUUGCCAGUGUGGCUGCUGUGCGUCGCGGGCGACUGGCUGCAGGGCCCCUACGUCUACGCCCUGUACGAGGCGUACGGGCUCCCGCGCGAAGACAUCGCGCGCCUCUUCGUGGCGGGCUUCGGGGCCUCCUUCGCGUUCGGCACCGGCGACGGCGAGGACGGCCUGCCGCGCACGUUCGGGCUGAUGUGGUUUGGCAGCUCCGUCGUGGCCAUCCUGGCCGGCCCGGCCGGGGACCUCGCCGUGAGCGUCAUGCCGCUGACGGCGGUGAGCGCCGGCAGCGCCCUCCACUACGGCGGGCUAACCGCGGCCUUCGACCUGGCGAUAGCGUGCCUCCUGCUGGGGCUGGGCCUGCUGACGGCCACCUGGGGCGAGAACUUCGGCGCGGGCCCUGGACUGGGCGCGCCAGGCGGCAUGAAGCAGACAGGCGGCGGGUCGCCGCUCGGCGCCGUGGCACCCGCGUGGCGGGCGGUGGCGGCGAGCCCGGCGCUGCUGGCGCUCGGCGUAGCCAUCGCAGGCUUCGAGGCCUCGGUCUUCACGUUCGUGUUCAAUUGGACCUCUCGGCCGCCGGCCCUGGGCCGUGUCUUCGCCACCUUCAUGCUGGCGUACAUGUCGGGGUCGUUGGCGUUCCAGCUCUUCGGCCCCGCGCCGCCCGCGCCGAGGGAGGAGGGGCAGGUGGACCAGGGGGAGGAGACGGCCGGCGCCGUGACUGCCGCCGCGGCGUUGCCGCUGCGCGCGGCGCUGCUGCUGGCGCCCCUCGCGCUGCUGCCCCCCGCGCUGGCGCUGAACCUGCUGCCCGCGGGGUCCACGGAGUAUGUCUCCUGCGUGCUGGGAGGCUUCGUGGCCUUCGAGUUCUGCGCCGGCCUCUACAGCCCGGCCGUGUCCGCGGUGAAGGGCGCCCUGGUGCCCGAGGCCAUGCGCAGCUCGAUCCGCGCCUACCGGGCGCCCAUGAACGCCGCGGUGGUCGCGGUGCUGCUGGGCGACAUGACCCCCGCUCGGGCGGGCGGCUGA